AUGAGUGCACCGGGAGACACAGCCUGGACAGACUCUGAAGGCUUCAGAGGCACCAUGACCGCCGAGGAGGACACCAAGUGGCUUCAGUGGGUGACACAGCAGUUUAAGACCAUUGCAGGAAAAGAUGGGGAGAUCAACCUGCAAGACUUCAAAAAAGCCCUGCAGGUGAAAGAGUCUUUCUUUGCUGAGAGAUUCUUUGUCCUGUUUGACUCGGAUGGAAGUGGCACCAUCACACUUCAGGAGCUGCAGGAGGCACUGACCCUGCUCAUCCACGGCAGCCCCAUGGACAAACUCAAAUUCCUCUUCCAGGUGUAUGACAUUGACGGCAGCGGCUCCAUCGACGCUGAUGAGCUGCGCACCGUGCUGCAGUCGUGCCUGCACGAGAGCGCCAUCUCGCUGCCCCAGGAGAAGCUGGACCAGCUGGCGCUGGCGCUCUUCGAGUCGGCCGACAAGGACUGCAGCGGCACCAUCACCUUCGAGGAGCUCCGAGACGAGCUUCUGCGCUUCCCCGAGGUCAUGGAGAACCUGACCAUCAGUGCUGCUCACUGGCUAACGCCUCCAGCUCCCCAGCGACACCAGCGCCGACCUCGCCUGCUGACCUCUGCCUACUGGCACAACCACCGCAGCCACACGCUCUGCCUGGCCGUCUUCGUGGGCCUCCACGUGCUGCUGUUUGCCCUGGCAGCUAGUGCCUACCGGGCCUUCGGAGCCAGCAUCAUGGUGGCCAAGGGCUGCGGCCAGUGCCUCAACUUUGACUGCAGCUUCAUCGCGGUGCUGAUGCUCAGGCGCUGCCUCACGUGGCUGCGGGCCACGUGGCUGGCUCAGGUCCUGCCGCUGGACCACAACAUCCAGUUCCACCAGCUUAUGGGCUACGUGGUGGUCGGGCUCUCCCUAGUGCACACCGUGGCCCAUGUGGUGAACUUCGCGCUCCAGGCUCAGUCUGAGGCCAGCCCCUUCCGGUUUUGGGAACUCCUGCUCACCAUGAGACCUGGCAUCGGCUGGGUUCACGGCCUGGCUUCCCCGACCGGCGUGGCUCUGCUCCUGCUGCUUCUCCUCAUGUUCGCCUGCUCCAGCUCCUGUGUCCGCAGGAGAGGCCACUUUGAGGUGUUCUACUGGACCCAUCUGUCCUACCUCCCCAUGUGGCUCCUGCUCACCCUGCACGGGCCCAACUUCUGGAAGUGGCUGCUGGUCCCUGGCACAUUGUUCUUCCUGGAGAAAACCAUCAGCCUGGCAGCGUCCCGCAUGGCGGCCCUGAACAUCGUGGAAGUCAACCUCCUCCCUUCCAAGGUCACGCAUCUCCUCAUCAAGAGGCCGCCUCUUUUUCACUACAGACCUGGUGACUACUUGUAUCUGAACAUCCCCAGCAUCGCACGCUACGAGUGGCACCCCUUCACCAUCAGCAGUGCUCCUGAGCAGAAAGACACCAUCUGUCUACACAUCCGGUCCCAGGGCCAGUGGACCAACAGGUUGUUUGAGUCCUUCAAGAAAUCAGACCCACAGUUCUGUGGUUCCAAGAGGCUCUCGAGGAAGUUGGAGAUGAAGAGGAGUCAGAGGAAGUCCCAGGUCUCUGAGAUGUGCUCUGAGAACCACCAGUUCUGUAACAUCAAGUGCUACAUCGAUGGCCCUUAUGGGACCCCCACUCGCAGGAUCUUUGCCUCCGAGCAUGCUGUGCUCAUUGGUGCAGGCAUUGGCAUCACGCCCUUUGCCUCCAUCCUGCAGAGCAUCUUAUACAGACACCAGAAGAGAAAGCACAUUUGCCCCAGUUGCCAGCACUCCUGGAUGGACAGUGGUCAGGAUGAGGACAUGAAACUCCACAAGGUGGACUUCAUCUGGAUUAACCGAGACCAGCAGUCUUUCGAGUGGUUUGUGAGCCUGCUGACCAAACUGGAGAUGGACCAGGCCGAGGAGACACAGGAGGGCCGUUUUCUGGAGCUGCACAUGUACAUGACCUCUGCGCUGAGCAAGAACGACAUAAAGGCCAUUGGUCUGCAGAUGGCCCUCGACCUCCUGGCCAAGAAGGAGAAGAAGGAUUCUAUCACGGGCCUCCAGACACGUACCCAGCCUGGGCGGCCUGAUUGGAACAAGGUGUUCCAGAAGGUGGCCGCUGAGAAGAAAGGCAAGGUGCAGGUCUUCUUCUGUGGCUCCCCAGCUCUGGCCAAGAUCCUCAAGGGCCACUGUGAGCAGUUCAGCUUCAAGUUUUUCCAGGAGAACUUCUAG